UCAGAGGUUUUUGAAAUGGCCAUGUACAGACAGCUCUCUGCAGUCCAUCCAGUAUACAAGUUGCUGAUACCUCAUGUUCGUUUUACAAUUGCAAUCAAUGCAGAGGCCCAAGAAAAUCUCAUCUCUGAAAAUGGGAUCUUCGUCAAGGUUACUAGCAUCAAUGGAAUUGGGAUGGGGAAACUGAUACAAAAUGCCAUGAAGACUUUAAUCUACGAGUCUCUGUGCUUCCCUGAGGACAUAAAAGCUAGAGAAAUGGAAGAUGUGCCCAAAUACUAUUACAGAGAUGAUGGCAAGAUGAUCUGGGAGGCAAUACACUGCUUUGUUUCUGCUGUGGUCAAUAUCUACUAUGACAGUGAUGAGGCAGUCCAAAAAGAUGUGGAGAUUCAAGAGUUUGUUAAGGAUGUUGCCUGCUUCGGCAUGAAUAAUUCUGGCAACUUUCCAAAGUCUCUUAGCUCUCGAGAGCAGUUGGUCGAGUAUCUGGCUACUGUGAUAUUCACAGCUUCAGCACAACAUGCUGCUGUCAACUUUGGGCAGUUUGACUGGUAUUGCUGGAUGCCCAACAGUCCUUCCACCAUGCGCAAGCCGCCUCCCCAAGAGAAGGGCCAGGUGGAUUUGGAGUACAUCCUGGAGAGUCUGCCUGACCGUGAAUGUUCCAGCAAGGUUUUAGGAACAGUUUGGGCCCUCAGUCGGACCGAGAAAAAUGAGCUGUUCUUAGGCGUGUAUCCUGAUAUGUACUUCACAGAGCAACCAGCGAAAGAAGCCAUAAAGGUUUUCCGCCACAAACUAGAUGAGGUGACCAACAUCAUCAAGAGCCGGAAUGAGGAAUUAACAAUGGAUUAUUGCUAUUUGUCCCCAGACAAAAUCCCCAACAGUGUUGCAAUUUGAGAAAUUAUUUGCAGAAACAUUUUG